CUUUGAUCAUGUCGACGUUGGACAUCAAGCUCAACCGCGUCGAUCGCGUCUUCCGCCCGCAUGAUCUCAUCCAAGGACAUGUCAUCUUGCAUGCCACGAACGCAUUCAGCCAUUCGGGGAUCAGCAUGCGCGUGGAAGGCAGCGCCAAACUCCAAUUGAGCGCGAAAAGUGUGGGACUCUUUGACGCGUUCUACAACACCGUGUCGCCUCUUGAGCUCGUGUACUUUCAUAUCCCGGUGGUCGGUCCAGGAAAGGUGCCUGUGGGCAUCUCCAAGUUCCCGUUUGAAUUCGAACUCCAUGCCGUGAACGCGCAGCAAGGCCUUGUGGAAACCUACCACGGCGUGUAUGUGAGCGUCAAGUACGAGAUCAUUUGCGACUGCGCGCGCGGCAUGAUGAAGAAGACGUUGCAUCGAACGCUCGAGUUCAUCGUGGAAGUCCCGCUCCAGAACGCACUCCCUGACUCCCCAGAGGAAUUCAUUGUCACGCCCGACAAACUGGAAAACGUCCGCUUGAGCACGCCACGGAACAUCCCCACGUUCCACAUCAAGGGCAACAUCCACCGAACCAACUGCCCCGUGAACCUACCCUUCACGGGCGAGAUCGUCGUGGAAGCCGCGUCCGCGCCGCUGAAGAGCAUUGAGCUGCAACUCAUUCGCGUCGAAAGCGUCAGUACGUUGUGAGGCGCUCCCUUCGUGACCUUCUUCACGUGUCUUCCCUAGCUCACGCGGAAGGCAUUGCCCGAGACGGUAAGACGGUACUUCGCAUUGUCUUGCUUAAGAGCUAGCUAAUCCAUCAUCGUGAUGCUCGUCUGUGCUCCAUUAUUAGCCACGGAGAUCCAAAACGUGCAAAUCGGAUGGGGUGAUGUGGCCCGACAAGUCUCGAUCCCCCUCUACAUGAUCUUCCCGCGACUAUUCACGUGUCCUUCCAUGCUCACUCCAGCCUUCAAGGUCCAAUUCGAAGUGAACGUUGUCGUGCUGUUUGAAGACGGAUACAUGCUCACGGAGAACUUCCCCAUUCACUUGUACCGAUGAAGGCGCGAUUCAUAGACGCUGGCUGCCACAGCGCUGAUGCCGGCAUAUCCGACGGCGCGUGUUAUCUGCAGUGAGAAAUGCAAAAGAUCUCAACAUGAAGAAAAUAUCCAACCUAGUUAUUUUUCCUUAAAAUAAGAAAUAAAUUUCCCACCA